AUGGGUCACCGGUGGUACAAUCGGUGUAUGAAACGUAUCAUCAGCUAUGGUGUAUCUGUUAUAACCUCGACCAAUGUUGCAACUCAUGUUUCAACUACCAAGCUUGCUAAAUACUCCUCAUGUAAAGGUGUGUGCAGUGAUCUAUGUGAUAGGCUUGCGGCUAAACAAGAAAAGAUCAAUGGUGAAACAACUGAUGUAAUUUUAGAUGUCACCAUGGGUACAAGUGUCAGAGGUGAAGGAGAAUGGACAACAGUAGGAGCAACUGAUGUAACUAUCACCUCUACUGAAGACUCUUCUUGUAAAGGUGUGUGA